ACCACCAGGCGGCGCUGCGACUUUGACAUUUUGAGGUUAUAUUAAAAUUUAGCGCAUUUUUAAUUUUUACCCAAAAAUGGCCAAAUAUAUAGCCCAAAUUAUCAUAGCGGGGACUCAAGUGAUCGGUCGGGCCUUCGCCCGGGCAAUUAAGCAAGAGUACGAGGCGUCGCAACAGGCAGCACAGAGGUUAGGAAACGCGAAAACACGAAGCGAAAGAAUUGCCAAUAACAAACUAGGUUUAUCGUUAGAUGAAGCGAAACAGAUAUUAAACAUAACGAAUUUAAGUAAGGAAGACGUGGAUAAACGCUACGAAGCGUUAUUUAAAGCGAAUGAAAAGGCAAAUGGGGGCUCGUUUUACCUCCAAUCGAAGGUUGUGAGGGCCAAGGAACGGAUCGAAAUGGAGUUGAAGAGUCAAGAAGGGGGUCCUGGGAAAGAGGAGAAGUCGAGUAAAACGUGAUUUAGUCAAUUGUUAGAUUAGUUGUUAAAUAAAGGUUAUUUUAAUUGA